AUGGUCGGAAAGCGGAAGAGAGAGGCUGCUGUUGUCUCUAGGACUACGAAGGUGGAUGAGGAGGAGGAGAAGACGACGCCACAGACGGAGACGACUGAUGCGUCUGCUACGGAUGUUUUUCGCAAAUUCUUUGAGGCGCAGUUUCAGCCGUUGGAGGUGCCUGGGGGCCAGGUGACCCGUGGUGAUGAGUCGGAUGAAGAAGACAGCGAGGAUGAGGACUUUGAGGAGGGAUCUGAAUCGGGCUCUGAUUGGGAUGGUCUUUCCGGAGAGGAAGACGAGGCUCCGGUUGAGGUGGUUGAGCAUCGCGAUAUCAAGAGUCAGGAUUUGUUGGAUAAGAAGGCACGCAAGGCGUUUAUGACCUCGAAACCACCCUCGUAUUCCGAAGAACCGAAGCCGGCGAAAAAGAAGGCCAAGAAGGAAAAGAGCGAUGAUGACGAGGACGCCAUGGAUGCGGAUAAUCUGAAGAAUGAUCUCGCCUUGCAACGGCUCCUCAAGGAAUCCCAUCUGCUCGAGUCGGCGAAUGAGCUUGCGCCAACCGGUAAAAACCGAAUCAAGGCUCUCGACCUGAGAAUGCAGGAACUGGGGGCAAAGGCAUCUCUGUAUAAGCAGAAAAUGCCCACAGCGCACAGAAGAGGCAUCAAGGAGAAGGCGGAAAUGAAGGAAGAUAGGCGCCGACGCGAAGCCAAGGAGAACGGUAUCAUCCUCGAGAAGCCCGCACCGAAAUCAAAUCCAGCCAGCACCAAGCGUCGGGAGCGCGGUGUCGGAGGUGCUUCUAUCGGAAAAUUUGCGGGUGGUGCUUUGAACCUGAGCAAGCGUGACGUGGCCGCCAUUCAAGGCCCGCGCCGCACGACAAAGGGCAAGGGCAGGGGCAGAGGACGUCGCUAG